AUGGCUAGCCGCCGUCUCCAUGAUGUUUUCACCAAGACCGCCGCCAAAUCCCAAGUCCUUACUGCCAUCGGCGGCGCCAAAUCCAAAGAAAGCAAAUAUCAGUACCAAAUUCAUAAAUUCAAGCAGUCCUCAAACAAACCCAAAUUUCGCCGCAACUUUACAAAUUAUGAAUUAUUCAUACACAAACUCAUCCGAACAAAACAGUUCUCAGCUAUUGAAGAUGUCAUCCAACACCAAAAAAUUUACCCAGAAAUUAAAAACGAGCGUUUCGUUGUUCGAUUCAUUUCAUUAUAUGGAAAAGCUGGUAUGUUCGACCAUGCCCAGAAACUGUUCGAUGAAAUGCCUCACUUAAACUGUGAGCGUACAGUCAUGUCAUUCAAUGCUUUAUUGGCAGCUGCUGUUAAUUCGAAGAAGUAUGAUAACAUUAGUGAGGCUUUCAGGGAAUUGCCUGGGAAAUUAGGUGUUGAGCCUGAUAUUUUUUCAUAUAAUACGAUGAUUAAGGCGUUAUGCGACAUGUGUUCAUUGGAUUCUGUUGUUUCGAUAAUGGAUGAGAUGGGAAAAUAUGGCAUUGACCCUGAUGUUAUUACUUUCAAUACGCUUUUAGAUGGGUUUUACAAGAAUAAUAGGUAUUCUGAAGCUGAGAAUAUAUGGACUUGGAUGGAAAAGAUGAAAGUGAUUCCGAAUGUUAGGAGUUAUAAUUCGCGACUACGCGGAUUGGUAGAGAAUAAUCAGGUUGUAGAAGCUGAGAAAUUGUUUGAGGAGAUGAAGAAAAGGGGAGUAAAUCCUGAUACUCAUAGUCAUAACGCGAUGAUUACAGGUUGUGCUAAAGAUGGGAAUUUGGAAUUGGCUAAAAGUUGGUAUGCGAAAUUGUGGGAAAAUGGUUGUCUUCCUGAUCUUGCGACGUUCAGUUUACUUAUUCCUCUGGCCUGGGAUAAAGAUGAUCCUGAUUUUGCUUAUGACUUGUGCAAGAAGUGUAUUGAUUUGAGACGAAAUGUUUAUACUAUUACAAUACAACGGGUUGUUGAUAUGUUGGUUGUACGAUCCAUGAUCAAAGAAGCGAAAGAGCUUGUGGAGUUAGGAAAGAAUUGUUCUUUUCGUUAUAGGCUCUUAAGAUUUAACAAGAUUUCAACUUUGAUGAUUGAGCCAUCCGUGAUUGGAGAAGUAGUGGAGUUGAGGACCAUUAUAAGCUGGAAAAGGGAAACGAUGCCCAGUGAUACAACAUCUCUGUCAAAAUUUGGUCUUUUAUAUGUUUCUCCUGUUGAUCUGGGCUGCACUAUAUCAGGAACUUGUUGGGUUUCCGAGGAGUACAAAUAA